AUGAAGAUUGUCAGGUUAGCCGUCAUCGUGGCCACGUCCAUCCCUGCCGUCAGCGGUGGCUCCUUCCGUGCCGCUGCUGCCAACCUCCUCGAAAGCUUGCAGGUCGCCGAUUCUGCUACCGCUUCCGCCAGGAAACCUGCUAUCAUGGACUCUGUUGGAGAUGACAAGCCUGGUGAGAUUGGUGCCAUGAUUUACAUUCAUGGCGCUGUUGAUGUUCCUUCUGAGAAGCAUGAACCCGUUGUCAGCAAGUGCUUUGUGGACUCCUAUGGUGAGAAGCUGGGAUACUCCAUGAAGUCUUUCAAGCCCAACAAGGAGAUUGAUGUCAAGGAUAAUGAACCUGAGUUCUCCCUUGGUGCCACUGCCGGGAAAACCAAGCCUCUUGAGUACCUUGUGUUUGGAAAUGUUGACUUUUCUGGCUGCGCCUUGUGCCCUCCUGAUGAUGAUGCCAUGCUUAGCUCUGUGGAUCCUCUUUCCUUCCUCAAGACCCAAAUGACUCAUCCUUCUGCUACUAAAAUGCACAAGCAGUUUGAGACUGACUUUUGUGGCUGCCUUGCUGACAGUGGAAUGAAGACAUACAAGCAUGCUCAUGGAUGCAAGAUCAAGUAUCUAUUUGACUAUUCCAACGGUGACAGCCCUGUUCUUGAGGAUUCCUCUGAGUCCACUGCUGUUGCCUCUGUGGCUUCUACCAAGGAUUCUGUUGGAGAUGACAAGCCUGGUGAGAUGGGUGCCUUGAUCUUCAUUCAUGGCGCUGUUGAUGUUCCUUCUGAGAAACAUGCUCCCAUUGUCAGCAAGUGCUUUGUGGACUCCUAUGGUGAGAAGAUGGGAUACUCCAUGGAGUCCUUCAAGCCCCACAAGGAGAUUGAUGUCAAGGAUGAUGAACAUGAGUUCUCGCUUCAUGCUGCUGCUGGAACGAAGCCUCUGGAGUACCUUGUGUGGGGCAAUGUUGACUUUUCUGGCUGUGCCUUGUGUCCUCCUGAUGAUGAUGCUAUGCUCAGCUCUGCUGAUCCAUUUGACUUCAUCAAGACACAGAUGACCCAUCCUUCUGCUCCUAAGAUGCACAAGCAGUUCGAGACUGACUUCUGCGACUGCCUUGUUGAAAGUGGAAUGAAGACCUACAAGCAUGCUCAUGGAUGCAAGAUUGAGUAUGUCUUUGACUAUUCCAAUGGUGACAGCCCUGUUCUUGAGGAUUCCUCUGAGUCCACUGCAGUUGCCUCCAUUCCUCCUGCCAAGGAUUCUGUUGGAGACAAGCCUGGUGAGAUGGGUGCCAUGAUCUUCAUUCAUGGCGCUGUUGAUGUUCCUUCUGAGAAGCAUGCCCCCAUUGUCAGCAAGUGCUUUGUGGACUCCUAUGGUGAGAAGAUGGGAGUUUCCAUGAAGUCUUUCAAGCCCAACAAGGAGAUUGAUGUCAAGGAUGAUGAACAUGAGUUCUCGCUUCGUGCCAAUGCUGCUGGAACCAAGCCUCUGGAGUACCUUGUGUGGGGCAAUGUUGACUUUUCUGGAUGUGCCUUGUGCCCUCCUGAUGAUGAUGCCAUGCUCAGCUCUGUUGAUCCUCUUUCCUUCCUCGAGGCUCAGAUGACUCAUCCUUCUGCUCCCAAGAUGCACAAGCAGUUUGAGACUGACUUCUGUGGUUGCCUUAUUGCCAGUGGAAUGAAGACAUACAAGUAUGCUCAUGGAUGUGAGAUCAAGUAUGUGUUUGAUUAUUCCACUGGAGGCGAGGGCCCUGUUGAAGUGUCUCUCUAA